AUCCUGUUGUUCCGUCAUGGCAGAUCAGAGCCAGAGUCACGAGACGCCGAGGCGUUCCUCGUCUUCCUCAGACAGAAAACGUCAGAGACGUGAGGAAGCUCUCCCUUGUGAGGCAUCUAAGAAACGCAAGGAUGACGCUGGCUUUGUUCAACAGCAGGGUGACGAUGGUGCGCCGCCGCCGGCUGUUGCUGGGCCGAGCCAUAGUGUAAAUAGUGCUUCCACGGGUGAAGGUUACGACCGUUUGAGCUGCCUUUUGAAUAGUUUAAUAGAGAAACUGGAGAAAAACACCGAGACUACUGCUUCCCAGAGCGGGUUUGGUGGUUUUCAUGACCUUUCUCGUCUGAGGGCGAGGAUGGUGAGAUUCCUGAGUGUUUGCCAGACCCUUUGGAUGAUCUGGACGCUUUUGGUUCCGCGCAGCAGAGUGGUACAGACGCCGACAGUGCAGAGUUUCUCCAGGCAUUAGACGAGUUUUCUGGCAUUUUUCAGGGUGAAGAGAAGUAGGGCGAGCCCUUGUCGGACCGUCUUGCCUCUAUUCUAAAUGCUAGCCUUCGCCGUCGCCCCUCUACUGACGGCGUGAAAACAGUGUGCAGCAGGAUCAAGAUUCCCAACAAUGUGCCUAAUUUGACUGUUCCUGUGACAAACGCAGCUGUUACCAAAGCCAUGGGUGUUGGUGGUAAGCUUUUAGACACCAGGCUCUGCCAUACCAAUGGCGUGCUAAUCAAGGCCUUGGUUCCCAUUGCACGGUGUGUUAACGAUAUUGGGGAGAAGACAGGGAAGCCCAUCACCUCGUAUUUGAGUGAUUUAAAUGACAGUCUUCGCCUUUUGACUUCCGCAGUUAAUUACUUAAACCAAUUACGAAAGGAAGUUGCACGUAUUCAUGCCAAUGAUUCUGCUUUAGCCGAGCUAUGCAAGUGGGAAUGCGAGGUAGGGAAAGACGACCUGUUCCCCUUUGAUGUCAUUAAGAAGUGUGACGAUAUUCUCCGAUCCAGAAGGCUGGGCAGGCCUGCUUUCCGACCCUACAAGUACGGCAGGGCCAGGAGACAUGCUGCUCUUCCCAGACAAGACAACAGGAAGCCCCACUACCCCCAGUCCAGACACAGGACCGCACAGAGGCCUUUUUAGGCCACAGGGCGUCCCAGGGGAGAGGGACGCAGGGCUACAGAGUUCCCCAGUAACUCCACAUCCGGAUCAUAGGCAGACUGCUGAAGAAGCUUCGGGAGGACAAGGCAACGCUGCUGACGAUCUUGCCGCUCUGGCCAACCCAGGUCUGCUUCAUCUAGCGAAGCUGCCUUGUCCCUGCCUCUUUCCACCAUCCUCUCCACUGUGGGUUGGUCCAGUGCAUCAACCUUCGCAAAGUACUACCAGAGGCUUGUCACGAAACAGGGCCUCUGUGCGAAAGCUGUCUUGCCUAGUUAGAUAAUGCUCUUAUUUUGCUCUGUUUUUUGUAUACUAUGUAUUGUGCAGACAUGUACGAGGUACUUAAUGUUUUUUGGGUGCGCAUAAUGCGACAUUUUUCUUUUUUCUUUUUUGUUACCCAUGUAAAUUUUUUCAUGUUGGGAUUAUGGUCUGCCGAGUACAUGCCAUUGAUGCUUUGCUUUCUGUUUGUGUGCUUGUUUUUUCUAAAUAAAUGUCCUUUUUGGGGUUUACUGGUAUACUCAUUUUUCUUUACCUACGAAGUUUGGUUUGGUAGGUUUGAGGAAUUACUCUAAAGCUCUCGUUGACUACCUCGUGACGUCAGUUAAAUGGCUUGUUGAAGUGAAAUUGUAAGAUUAAGCGAGUACUUACCGGUACGAAGAUUGAUCGUAAUUUCACGAAUGCCAUUUAACUGCGUCACUGAGGUAUUAAACGCCCGCCCUACCCUUCCCUGUUCCUUCGUACUCUUACGUUGUAGUUCGUCUCUUCCUCAAACCUCCUUUGAAUGACUGACGGGAGACUGGCGCCGCAUGCAUCUUGUUUAAUACCUCAGUGACGCAGUUAAAUGGUUAAAUGGCAUUCGUGAAAUUACGAUCAACCUUCGUACCGGGAAGUACUCGCUUAAUCUUACAAUUAGUAACUCUUUCAACCCUUUGUCCAUUAAGCAUCAGAACUCUGUCAGUCACAUCUCUUGAUUGGAAUUUGGUCUUACCUACAUUCACCACUAACCCCAGACGUAAGCACAAGUAAUCAAGUUCAGCAAGUGCCCGAGUCAUAACCCUUUCAUUAACACAUUGCAGCAGGAUGUCAUCAAGACUUGAGUGCCAUGAGGAAAAGUGUGUCUACCUAUUUGAUCCAUUAAUAUAUUGAAAAGUGUUGGACUUAAAACAUCACC